UCCAAUGUCGCAGGAAAGACCAAGCAAACCGUUGUCUCCGCUAUGACUUUGAUCGCGUAUUGCGCCGGGAAUAUGGCAGGUGCGCAAGUGUUCAGGACCAAAGAUGCGCCCCGGUAUGUGUCAGGAACGGUGGCCUGCUCGGUAUGUUUCGCUCUCGAGGCAAUUGUGAUUCUUCUAUGGAGAGGAUGGUAUAUGUGGGAGAAUCGACGCAGGGAGCGCAUUGUACUGAGCAUGGGGAUCUCCAAAGAGGAGCAGGAACGACGGGGUAAGGAGCUGGGAGAGCAGGAUGUUACGGAUAUGAAGAAUAUUUAUUUUCGAUAUACCAUGUGA